AUGUCGAGUCGCGAGCCGCGCGCCGGCAGCCUCAUAAGAGCUUCACAUUCCGCGGUGAGCUCACGUGGAGCUGCGGAGCUCCUCGACCGGACCCGUGUGUUCAGAGACGGACUUAUUGGUCGCUCGGAAGCUCCUCAGGCCACCGGCCACGUGUGUUUAGUAAAGGAGGCGAGGGGUUGGUUGGCCGACACACCCUUGGAAACAAAUUGA